AUGCUCACAUUUCGGCGUGCCCUCGCGGCGGCGGCCAUCAUCAUUGUCAUUCUCUAUUUGACGACGCAGACGCACUCGUCCCACGCGCUACAGUUCUCGUCAUCGGCCAGUCUCGCGAGCAAGACGGCGGCCGAGGCCGAGGCAGCACCCUCUGUGGUUGCGGCCGGCGAGUCGUCUCCGUCGGACGAGCAGCAGCCGAGCGCGGGUGGGCAGAAGCCGCUGCAGCAGAUCGACCUGUCUCGGCUGUCGCUGUACGACAAGCUGGCGUACCAAUACCCAUACGACGUGGACGGCAAGUUCCCGGCGUACAUCUGGCAGACGUGGAAGUGGACGCCGGCGAGCGGGGAGUUUGAGUUCCGGGAGCAGGAGGCGACGUGGACGGAGCAGCACCCGGGGUUCAUCCACGAGGUGAUCACGGACAUGGUGGCGGUGAAGCUUCUGCGGCUGCUGUACUCGGCGAUUCCGGAGGUGCUGGAGGCGUACGACGCGCUGCCGCUGCCGGUGCUCAAAGCAGACUUUUUCCGGUAUCUGAUCCUGCUGGCGCGGGGAGGCAUCUACUCGGACAUUGACACAUACGCGAUCCGGAGCGCGCUCGAGUGGAUUCCCGAGGCCGUGCCGCGCGAGGCCGUAGGGCUCGUGAUUGGCAUCGAGGCGGACCCGGACCGGCCGGACUGGGCGCAGUGGUACAGCCGGCGGAUCCAGUUCUGCCAGUGGACGAUCCAGGCGAAGCCGGGCCACCCAGUGCUGCGGUCGAUUGUGGCGCGCAUCACGACCGAGACGCUGCGGCUGAAGCAGGCCGGCACGCUGCAGGGACAGCUGGGCCGGAGCGUGGUCGAGUUCACUGGCCCGGCCGUCUGGACCGACCUCGUUUUUGCCUACUUUAACGACGAGCGGUACUUCGACAUGAGCGCGUCCAAGGGCUCGAUCGACUGGCGCAACUUUACGGGCAUGGACGCGCCGAAGCGUGUGGGCGACGUGAUCGUGCUGCCCAUCACGUCCUUCUCGCCCGGCGUCGAGCAGAUGGGGGCCAAGGACUACGACGACCCGAUGGCGUUUGUCAAGCACGACUUUGAAGGUGAGUGUGUGUGUGUGUGUGUGUUUGUUUUCACUCUACUAACUGAACAGGCACGUGGAAGCCAGAGAGCGAGCGUCACAUUGGAGAGCUGCAGGAGUGAGGCGACGACUAGAGCACGCGGGCCAGACGGCCCACAUUUCAUUAUUUGUACUCGUUUGUUCAACUGCAUUAGCAUGGCGUACUCGGACGGCUGGCGGACCCAGAAGCAGGUCCCAGGCACAUAG